AUGUCUACCGAGCCCAACAAGACCACCGGCCAGUACCACUCUGUCAAGGGUACCGUCGUUGAAGCCAUCGGCAACGUCACUGGGGCAACCUCCUGGCAGCAGAGUGGCAAAGAAGAGCACGCUGCAGGCGAAGCCGAGAUCCAGGCUGCAAAGGCCAAGGGCUACGCCGAGGGAACGAUGGAUCGCAUUGAAGGCAAGAAGGAUGCCGUCGUCGGCGCCAUCACCGGUGACAAGCAGCAGCAGGCUCAGGGCAACUUGCAACACGAUAAGGGUCAAGCCCAGCAGGAAUUGAAUCACUAG